UAGCAAACCAUGACCACGUGCGACCGAGCUAGUAUGGCGCCUUGCGACCGGGCGACUGUGCCUGUGAGUUUCCACCUCGCGGCCCUCGCGUCUGCAACUGCCCUCGGCGCUGUCGUCUUUGCAACAAAGAAAGGGACCAAGCUGCACGUGCUGCUCGGGCGCGCGACGACAGCAGCGAUCGCGGCCACGUGCAUCUCGAGCUUCCGCGUCAAGGAGCUUCGAUCCCAAAAGGGCUGCCUCGGCUCGGUUCAUGCGCUGAGUGCGCUCACGCUUGCGUCCCUGGCGCGCGGCAUGUAUGCCAUUUCGACGCGCAAGGUCAAGGCGCACCAAAAGUUCAUGGCCGGCUCAAUGCUCGGCCUCCUCGGCAUCGGUGCCCUCACGCUGCUCAAGCUCAGCACACGAACGCGUUCAGUGCAAUAGUCUAGUGCGUUGGGAAUUGAAGACACGUCUACGCACUUGAAUAUUUGGGAUUUUGAACGUGGACUGGA